AUGGCCGAUGCGAACAAUGACAUGGUUAUUUUACAAUCUUCGGGUCUUUUCGACGAUGUCAUAGAUGGUGUUGCACCAAAUACUUCAUUCUAUGCAAAUGACGUGGAGUAUAAGUAUGAGUACUAUCUUGUCGACGGUAUUUAUUCGGAGUGGGCGAUGUUGGUGGAAACUCUUUCGUGUCCAGAUGACGAGGGAAGAUUGUAUUACAAGAAGAAACAAGAGCCAACAAGAAAAGAUGUCGAGCGGGUUUUCGGUGUAUUAAAAAAGAGAUGGUCUAUCAUUGCCCAGCCGUCGAGGAUACUUGAAAAGCGUAAAAUGAGAAACGUCAUGUAUACGUGCAUCAUCUUGCAUAACAUGAUAUUGGAGGACUCGGGUAGAGCGUUUUGUGGAGAAAGUUAUGAUGAAGAUGUUUUGGCGAUUCAAAUUCCCAUCGUUGCGUACGAGUCGGCAUUUAGUAUGAGCGGUCGGGUCCUCGACGCAUAUAGAACAAGAUUGUCAAGUAAUAUUGUUGAAGUUUUGGUUUGCACUCAAGAUUGGGUGAGAAAAUCAAAAGAGCCGAUUAUUGAUGACACAGAUGAUAUUUUAAGGGAUGGCGAAAUUGCCAUAGAGAUUGAAGAUGCGACAAAUAAGCAAAACGAAAGAGGAAAAGAGAAAAUGCAAAGCGAUUAG